AUGGUGAGCGGUAAUUGUGGUAUCACGGGUUCGAUUCCCGUCACGAGCGACGCCCACGCGCGCUCACGUUCGGGUUGGAGCUCGGGGGAAAGAGACCUUUUUAAUUGUACCAUUACAGUGCGUGACUUGCCACCGAGACGGAAGAACGACGCGCCGCCUCUACUGAUAGGGACGGGACUCUAUACACGGAUAGACACAAAAAAGAAAGGACUGACAAUAUAUCAAGAAUAUAAUAAGCUGGUCAGUGGCGAGGCUUUAACUCCGCGAAAGAGGUGCGAACACAUAAAUCGUAGCGAAUACGGAGCUAAGUUGACGUUAAGAGAGAGACAUCACCGCUUCCUGAUGGCCGAGGACAGGGGCGGUGGAGAGGUGGCGACCAGGGUUGGUGAUUAA